CCCGGCCUCCGGUCCGGCCGCCCCGGCCUCGGCUCCCGCGGGGGACACCAUGUACUGGCUGGCGGCGCAGGGAGGCCGGCGCCCGGCGGGGAUGUUGGGUUAACGGCAUGGAGAACAGUCACCCCCCCCACCACCACCACCAGCAGCCCCCGCCGCAGCCCGGCCCUUCGGGCGAGAGGAGGAACCACCAUUGGAGAAGUUACAAGUUGAUGAUUGACCCGGCUCUGAAAAAGGGGCAUCAUAAACUGUACCGCUACGAUGGGCAGCAUUUCAGCCUGGCGAUGUCCAGCAACCGCCCGGUGGAAAUUGUCGAAGAUCCCCGGGUCGUCGGGAUCUGGACCAAAAACAAGGAGCUGGAGCUGUCGGUGCCCAAAUUCAAGAUCGAUGAGUUCUACGUGGGCCCGGUGCCUCCUAAGCAGGUGACAUUUGCCAAGCUGAAUGAUAACAUCCGAGAAAACUUCCUGAGGGACAUGUGCAAGAAGUAUGGGGAGGUGGAGGAGGUGGAGAUUUUGUACAACCCCAAGACCAAGAAGCACUUGGGCAUUGCCAAGGUGGUCUUUGCCACAGUCAGGGGAGCCAAGGAGGCUGUUCAGCAUUUGCACAGCACCUCGGUCAUGGGCAACAUCAUCCACGUGGAGCUGGACACCAAAGGAGAAACCCGCAUGCGCUUCUACGAACUGCUGGUUACCGGCCGAUACACCCCCCAGACCCUCCCAGUGGGUGAGCUGGAUGCUGUCUCUCCAAUUGUGAAUGAGACCCUACAGCUGUCAGAUGCCCUGAAGCGCCUCAAGGAUGGCAGCCUGUCUGCGGGCUGUGGCUCUGGCUCCUCCUCCGUCACCCCCAAUAGUGGCGGGACCCCUUUCUCCCAGGACACAGCUUACUCCAGCUGCCGCCUGGACACGCCCAACUCCUAUGGGCAGGGCACCCCACUCACACCGCGCCUGGGCACCCCCUUCUCACAGGACUCCAGCUACUCCAGCCGCCAGCCCACACCCUCCUACCUCUUCGGCCCAGACCCCACAGCAACCUUCAAGGCUCGGCGCCACGAGAGCAAGUUCACCGAUGCUUACAAUCGCCGCCACGAGCAUCAUUAUGUUCACAACUCGGCUGCAGUGGCUGCAGUGGCUGCAGUGGCCGGGGCCGCAGCUCCCUUUCGGGGCUCCUCGGACCUCCCAUUUGGGGCAGUUGGCAGCAGUGGGGGCAGCAGUGGCCCUCCCUUCAAGGCCCAACCACAGGAUUCAGCCACAUUUGCCCACACUCCACCGACUGCCCAAGCAGCCCCCACUCCUGGAUUCAAGUCGGCCUUCUCUCCAUACCAGACCCCAGCACCCCCUUUCCCCCCGCCUCCCGAGGAGCCCACCACCACAGCCACCUUUGGGGCCCGUGACAGUGGGGAGUUCCGGAGAGCACCUGCACCUCCACCCCUGCCACCUGCUGAGCCUCUGGCCAAGGAGAAGCCAGGCACACCGCCUGGCCCGCCUCCCCCCGACACCAACAGCAUGGAGCUAGGCGGCCGGCCAACCUUUGGUUGGAGUCCUGAGCCCUGUGACAGCCCUGGCACACCCACGCUGGAGUCAUCCCCUGCGGGGCCUGAGAAGCCCCAUGACAGCCUGGACUCACGCAUCGAGAUGCUGCUGAAGGAGCAGCGCACUAAGCUGCCCUUCCUACGGGAGCAGGACUCGGACGCCGAGCUGCAGAUGGAGGGCAGCCCCAUCUCCUCCUCCUCCUCCCAGCUCUCCCCACUGGCCCCCUUCAGCACCAACUCCCAGCCGGGCUUCCGUGGCCCCUCACCCCCGUCCUCACGCCCCUCCAGCACGGGCCUAGAGGACAUCAGCCCCACGCCUCUGCCUGACUCCGAUGAGGAUGAUGAGCUGGACGUGGGCCUGGGGCCUCGACCCCCACCUGAACCAGGCCCCCCAGACCCUACUGGUUUUCUGGGCCAGUCAGCUGAGGUGGCCUUGGACCUGGCUGGAGACGGGACCCCGACCUCAGAGAAGAUGGAUGAGGGCCAGCAGUCCUCAGGCGAGGACAUGGAGAUCUCGGACGACGAGAUGCCCUCAGCCCCCAUCACCAGUGCCGAUUGCCCCAAGCCCAUGGUGGUGACCGCAGGGGGAGCAGCUGUGGCAGGCCCCAAUGUGCUGGCCCCGACCCUGCCGCUGCCCCCGCCACCCGGCUUCCCACCACUGCCCCCACCCCCACCCCCGCCCCAGCCGGGCUUCCCCAUGCCCCCACCUCUGCCUCCACCCCCGCCACCACCACCACCAGCCCAUCCUGCAGUGACAGUGCCCCCACCACCCCUGCCAGCGCCGCCGCCUGGUGUCCCCCCGCCACCUAUCCUGCCGCCCCUGCCGCCCUUUCCACCAGGGCUGUUUCCUGUGAUGCAGGUGGAUAUGAGCCACGUGCUGGGCGGCCAGUGGGGUGGCAUGCCCAUGUCCUUCCAGAUGCAAACGCAGAUGCUGAGCCGUCUGAUGACAGGCCAGGGCGCUUGUCCCUACCCACCUUUCAUGGCCGCUGCAGCCGCUGCCGCUUCAGCUGGGCUACAGUUUGUCAACCUGCCGCCCUACCGGGGCCCCUUCUCCCUAAGCAGCAGUGGCCCAGGCCGUGGGCAGCCCUGGCCACCCCUGCCCAAGUUUGACCCGUCAGUGCCGCCACCAGGCUACGUGCCACGUCAGGAGGACCCGCACAAGGCCACAGUGGAUGGCGUCCUACUGGUGGUGCUCAAGGAGCUGAAGGCCAUCAUGAAGCGUGACCUGAAUCGCAAGAUGGUGGAGGUGGUGGCCUUCCGGGCCUUUGACGAGUGGUGGGACAAGAAAGAGCGGAUGGCCAAGGCUUCGCUGACCCCUGUGAAGUCAGGCGAGCACAAGGACGAGGACCGGCCAAAGCCCAAGGACCGAAUUGCCUCAUGCCUGCUGGAGUCGUGGGGCAAAGGCGAAGGCCUGGGCUAUGAGGGCCUGGGCCUGGGCAUUGGGCUGCGAGGGGCCAUUCGCCUGCCUUCCUUCAAGGUCAAGAGGAAGGAGCCACCAGACACAGCAUCAUCUGGUGACCAGAAGCGCCUUCGGCCCUCAACCUCUGUGGAUGAAGAAGACGAAGAGUCUGAGCGGGAGCGGGACCGAGACAUGGCAGAUGCCCCCUGCGAGCUGGCCAAGCGGGAUCCCAAGGGUGUGGGCGUGCGGCGGCGGCCAGCUCGGCCACUGGAGCUGGACAGUGGUGGGGAGGAGGAUGAGAAGGAGUCUUUGUCAGUGUCCUCGUCCUCGUCUGGGUCUUCAUCCUCUGGGUCCUCCACCACCUCACCCUCGUCCUCAGCCUCUGACAAGGAGGAGGAGCGGGAAAGCACUGAGGAGGAAGCCGAGGAGGAAGAAGCCGAGGAGGAAGCGGACGAGGAGGAGGAGGAAGAGGAGGAGGAGGAGGAGGAGGAGGAGGGCGGCCCCCGGAGCCAGGUGUCCUGCUCCUCCAGCUCAAGCACAUCUGAGAAGGAUGACGAUGAGGACAGCGAUGACACCGAGAACGAGGGUGAAGAUGCAGCCCUGUCAGGAGCAAGUGAGGACGAAGGAGACUCAGAAGGCGAGGAGACGGUGAGCAUUGCCACCUCCAAGGCAGAGGCCGAGUCAUCCAGCGAGAGUUCUGAGUCUUCUGAGUUUGAAUCAAGCUCCGAGUCCUCGUCCUCGUCCUCGGAGGACGAAGAGGAGAUGGUGGCAGGGCCAGAGGAAGAAGAGGAGGAGGAAGAGGUGGAGGAGGAGGAGGAGGAGGCAGUGGCAGUGCCAGAUGAGAGCAUGCCACCUGCAGGUGCUGAGGACUUUGAGCAGGACAAAGAGGAGGUGUCUCUGGCCCCAGGGGCAUCUGCAGUGGAGCCGCUGGGCACAGAAGAAGAGGUGGAUAUUGAAGCUGAGGAUGAAGCCCCCGAGGAGCAGACUCCUCUCCUGGAGGAGCCCCCCUUGCCUGUGGGUGUUGAGGAGCUGGCCGGGUGCAAGGAGCCCCUGGAAGAGGCUAGCCUGAACCAGGAAGAGGCCAUGUUGCUGUCUCCAGAGCCCCCUGCCAGGGAGAUGGAAGCUCAGCCCCCAAUGUCCCCUGAACAUGUUCCAGAAGAUCAUCUGGAAGUGGAGCCCGAGCCCCCUCCAAUGCUCUCCUUGCCUCUGCAGCCACCAUUGCCGCCACCCCGGCCACCCCGGCCACCCAGCCCACCCCCAGAGCCUGAGACCCCAGAGCCCCUACACCCAACUGUCCCUCUGGAGCCUCCCCCUGAGGACCAGCCCCCACGUACUCCUGGCCUCUGUGGCAGCCUGGGCAAGUCUCAGAGUACAGAGACAGUGCCAGCCACACCAGGUGGGGAGCCCCCGCUAUCAGGGGGCAGCAGCGGCCUGUCCCUGAGCUCCCCACAGGUGCCUGGCAGUCCCUUCUCCUACCCAUCCCAGUCCCCCAGCUUGAGUAGCGGGGGCCUCCCACGGACACCUGGCCGGGACUUCAGCUUCACACCCACCUUCCCAGAGCCCAGCGGGCCCCUGCUUCUACCUGUCUGCCCGCUCCCGGCUGGCCGGCGAGAUGAGCGCUCUGGCCCUCUGGCCUCCCCGGUGCUCUUGGAGACGGGCCUCCCUCUCCCCCUGCCCCUGCCCCUGCCCCUGCCCCUGGCAUUGCCUGUCCCCGUGCUGAGGGCCCAGGCUCGGGCCCCUGCCCAGCUGCCACCUCUGCUGCCUGCCACCCUGGCCCCCUGCCCACCCCCCAUCAAGAGGAAGCCGGGCCGGCCCCGGCGAUCCCCACCAUCUAUGCUGUCCUUGGAUGGGCCCUUGGUGCGGCCACCAGCGGGGGCUGCCCUUGGAAGGGACCUUCUGCUCCUGCCAGGCCAGCCACAGACCCCCAUCUUUCCCAGCACCCAUGAUCCCCGGGCUGUGACUCUGGACUUCCGGAACGCAGGGAUCCCAGCCCCCCCUCCGCCCCUUCCCCCCCAGCCUCCUCCACCCCCACCUCCACCACCUGUUGAGCCUGCCAAGCUGCCCUUUAAGGAGCUAGACAACCAGUGGCCCUGUGAGGCCAUCCCCCUAGGCCCUCGUGGGCGAGAUGAAGUCACUGAGGAGUUCAUGGAGCUGGCCAAAGUACGGGGGCCGUGGCGCCGGCCACCUAAGAAGCGCCACGAGGACCUGGUGGCCCCCUCCGCCUCGCCUGAGCUCUCUCCACCCCAGCCCCUCUUCCGGCCCCGCUCAGAGUUUGAGGAGAUGACCAUCUUAUAUGACAUCUGGAAUGGUGGCAUUGAUGAGGAGGACAUUCGCUUCCUGUGUGUCACCUAUGAGCGGCUGCUGCAGCAGGACAAUGGCAUGGACUGGCUCAACGACACACUCUGGGUCUACCAUCCCUCCACCAGCCUCUCUUCAGCUAAGAAAAAGAAACGCGAUGAUGGCAUCCGUGAGCACGUGACAGGCUGUGCCCGCAGCGAGGGCUUCUACACCAUUGACAAGAAGGACAAGCUCAGAUACCUCAACAGUAGCCGCGCCAGCACCGAUGAGCCCCCUGCAGACACCCAGGGCAUGAGCAUCCCAGCGCAGCCUCAUGCCUCCACUCGGGCAGGCUCGGAGCGGCGUUCAGAGCAGCGCCGCCUGUUGUCCUCCUUCACUGGCAGCUGUGACAGCGACCUACUCAAGUUCAACCAGCUCAAGUUCCGGAAGAAAAAGCUCAAAUUCUGCAAGAGCCACAUUCAUGACUGGGGCCUGUUCGCCAUGGAACCCAUUGCGGCUGAUGAGAUGGUCAUCGAGUAUGUGGGCCAGAACAUCCGCCAGGUGAUCGCAGACAUGCGGGAGAAACGGUAUGAGGACGAGGGCAUCGGCAGCAGCUACAUGUUCCGAGUAGACCACGACACCAUCAUCGAUGCCACCAAGUGCGGCAACUUUGCACGCUUCAUUAACCACAGUUGCAAUCCCAACUGCUACGCCAAGGUGAUCACGGUAGAGUCACAGAAGAAGAUCGUCAUCUACUCUAAGCAGCACAUCAACGUGAACGAGGAGAUCACCUAUGACUACAAGUUCCCCAUCGAGGAUGUCAAGAUCCCUUGCCUCUGUGGCUCGGAGAACUGCCGGGGGACCCUCAACUAGGCCCCCCAGCGCCAAACUCGAAGGAUGUUUGCUGCCGCCUGGGCCGGACCCCAGGCCCCCGGGCCGGCCCCUCCCGCCCCAUUUCAGGUGCUGUCCCUUGCCCCCGCGGCCAUCAGGGCCUGGCGCCCCCAACACUACCCCAGGACCCGCCCGCAGCUCCAGCCCCGCAGCGGGAAAGGGCUUCUCUGUCUUUCCAUCGUGUCUCUCUCAUUGUUGAAGAAAUGCUCCUUUCCAGAUGUGCGUUUAGCCAGACGCCAUUUCUGUCUCCCUCGGUGUCCCCGUCCCCGUGGCUCUCUUGUGCUCCUUCCUACCCCAUCCUCCGCCUCUCCCGUCAAUGCUGCUAUGUGGUUUUGUCUUCUUUUUAUUUCCCUCCCUGUCAUAAGAAAAGACAUUUUAACCGUUGAAAUGUGAAGGCAGAACAGAGAGGGGGGACCCGGUGGGGCCAGAGGCCUCUAGGACGGAGGGUCCCUGCACCCUCUGGGCAGACCGGGCCAGGUGCUGGGAGGAAGGGCCGGGCCAGUGGCCUUGACCUCGACACUACAAUGCCGAAAGGCCCCCUCUCUGCCAGUGAACGCAGUGAGGAGACCCCACCUCUUCCCCUGAGCUACUCCCCAGUCUGUCCCUUCCCUGGGGCCUGGGAGAGCCAAGCUGGUCCCAGGCAGGAAGGUCCCCUGGGCACUCCCUGCCCCCCAAAUCCUUGGGCUCAAUGUUUACUUUCUCAUUCGGAUGCCAGCAAUGAGGGGGCUUCCCUGGGGCCCAGCGUGGGGGGCACUGGCAAGGGGGGUCUCCACUCUCCACUGCCCUCAACCCGCGCAGGCUAAGGGGGCUCCCAGGGCAGGGGUCCCCCUCCACCAUUACGGGCUGUCUAACCGUAUGCAUGUGGCAUUUUUCGUUCAUAAGCUUCACCCGCCACCCAGCCCACAUCCUCCUCCCCACCUCCCACCCCUGGCCACCCCCCAAGGCCAGAGCAUAUUUAUUUUCGGAGUGAGCAGGUUAUUUCUCCCAGAGAAAGAAAAAUCUUGGGAAAGAUUUUAAAACUUGGAUCUAAGUCUUUGACAGUGGUUUUUUUUUCCCUUUUUACCCUUUCUCCYCCUCCCUUCUCAUCCUUUUCAGGGUUUAUUUCCAUGAAUUUUUUUUUUCUAGUGCGUGUAUAAAAUCAAAACGAAGGGAAAAAAUAGGUUUUUGAAGUUCAGAACCAACUUUGUAUAUAGACUGCCAUAAAGGACUUUUUCUCGGGAACUUGUUUCUUGUAGAAACAUGUGGGAAGACUUUUGCUCAUUUCUUUGUACUUCCAAAAAAAAAAAAAAAAAGACACGAAUGCAAGUCCCCCGCCCCCUGGAAAGCAGAGCAGGCGUGUAAAUAAUCUCUGGAACUGACUGUUGUGACCCAGGUGCUCACCAAGGGGAGCGCUGGGUGGGAGCCGCGCCCACCGCGGCCCAGGCUGCCAGCCUCUGGUAUCUCAGCUUGUGUCAAGCUUGUUAUCAUGUAAAUUCUGUACAAAGAAUUGUUAUUUUUCUCUUU